AUGCUGUGCUACGACAUUGACGACGCGUCGCUCCGUUUGGUCCUACAGAUGCAGUUGGAGGAUCUGGAGAAUAUCAAGCAAAGCAGCAAGGGCAAAUCCCGAAUAGACGAGGUCUCUGAUCUCGACCUGGCCAUCGAGACAUACAAUGCGGAGCUCAAGACGCAAGCUGGGCUCGCGGCGGAUAGGUGCAUGUGCAAAAGCAUAGUCAAGGCCAAUCGAUCCGACUGUCGCCUCAUUGAAAUUCUCACGAAACAGGAAAAGCAGGCCACCCGCGACAGAGAAGCGGCUGUUCGACUCAGCAACGGGGCCGAACUCGGUGAGGAUGUGUCUCCUACAACUCCCACAACCCCGUCGGAGGCGACUUGCGCAAGUGUGGAAGAUGAGGCGUUAUUGCGAAAACUCGAGUGCCUCUACGUCAACGUUGAUGGCGGUGGGGUCGAUGGGGACGACGACGACGAAGAGGACGAUGCUGUCGCCUCAAGCGAGCCAGAAUCAUCGUUGUGGGCGGCCUCCAGAAAACAAACUGACGUGGCAACGACUACACUCGUCAUGCGCGGGAAGAAGACAACCUGCGACAGUUGUACGCAUACCUACACGGCCACCGCAGUCGCCCAGCUACCGUGCAACCACGCAUACUGCCGCGACUGCCUGCGGACCCUCUUCGAGCUCUCCCUCACAGACGAGUCGCUCUUCCCACCGAGAUGCUGCAAGCUGCCUAUCCCCGUGGACGGCAACGCCAGAGCUCUGCUCUCUUCGAAGCUGGUAGGGGAGUUCCGCGCAAAGGAGAUUGAGUUCUCGACGCCCAAUCGGACCUACUGCCACAGGCCGACCUGCUCCCGGUUCAUCCCCAAGGAGUUCAUCAGGGCCGACGUCGGAACCUGUCCGCAGUGCCAACACCAGACGUGCACGAUGUGCAAGGGCGCCGAGCACGGGAACGAAGACUGCGCGCAGGAUACGUUGACGCAGGAGCUCCUUCAGGUCGCUGCCGCCAACGGGUGGCAACGCUGCUUCUCGUGCCGAAGGAUCGUGGAACUCGACCACGGUUGCUAUCAUAUGACCUGUCCCUGCCGAGCUCAGUUCUGCUACCUAUGUGGUCUGCAGUGGAAGACAUGCACCUGUGAGCAGUGGAACGAGGAGCGACUCGUCGCCCGCGCGAACGUGAUUGUGAACCGCGAGGCCGACGCCAUUCACUUGAACGCCGCGGUUAGAGCUCAACGGGUCGAGCGAGAGGCGCGCAACCUUGUUGAGAACCACCAGUGCGCCCAUGACAGUUGGAGGAGCCGCCGCGGCAGGUUCCGGUGCGAGGAGUGCCAUGACAUGCUGCCAGAGUACAUUUACGAGUGCGCGCAGUGUCGUAUUCACGCGUGUCGCAGGUGCCGCCAAAAUCGGCUGUGA